AAGGUGUUUAUGUGCUAUCCCAAAGCAUACACGACUCUAAAGUGACUUUGUAAAAUAAUAAUUGGAAACAUAUAUUAAAUAGUGCAGACAAGUAUCAACCAAUUAAUUAGUUAUUUAUAAUAGAUAAUACGUAGUAAAAUAAAAAAUGGGUAAACGUCAGCAUCAAAAAGAUAAAAUGUAUUUAACAUAUACGGAAUGGACAACAUUAUAUGGUGGUAAAAAAGCAGGAACCUCUGAAUCAAGUGAAGAUGCAAACUUCCGUCGUUUACCCUAUGAUCAUUGUUGUUUAACUUUACAACCAUUUGAACACCCUUAUUGUGAUCCACAUGGAAAUGUGUUCGAAUUAGAAGCGAUAUUAGAAUAUUUAAAAAGAUAUAAACACAAUCCUGUGACAGGAAAAUCAUUGGAUCCAAAGAGUUUGAUAAAACUUAACUUUCAUAAAAAUGCAGAAGGACAGUAUCACUGUCCAGUUCUUUUUAAAUUAUUUACCAAAUAUUCUCAUAUUGUUGCUAUUAAAACAACUGGAAAUGUAUUUUCGCACGAGGCAGUGGAACAACUGAAUAUAAAAACCCGUAACUGGAGAGAUUUAGUAAAUGAUGAACCUUUUACACGAAAAGAUAUUAUUACAAUACAAGAUCCAAAUAAUGCAAUGAAAUUCAAUUUAUCCACUUUCCAUCAUAUUAAAAACAAUAUAAAACUGGAAGAUGAAGAAAUGAUAAAGGACCAAAAUAAUCCUAAUGCAAAACUAAAAACUGUGUCAAUGGAAACUAAAGAAAUAUUAUUUGAAUUGGAUAGAGAUUAUAAACAAGCAGCAGUUAAAAAAGAAGUUUCCAAACCAAAAGCUGAUAAAUUUAAUGCAGCACAUUAUUCUACGGGUGCGGUGGCUGCCGGUUUUACAUCAACGGUCAUGCCAACUGAGACCACUCAUCAGGCAGCAGUUAUAGCAGAAGAUUUAGUACGAUAUGAACGAGUUAAAAAGAAAGGAUAUGUAAGAUUAGUUACAAAUUUUGGUUCUUUAAAUCUUGAACUACAUUGUGAUCUUGUUCCGAAAACUUGCGAAAAUUUUAUAAAACUCUGUCAAAGUGGCUAUUAUAAUGGAAUAAAAUUUCAUAGAUCCAUACGAAAUUUUAUGAUACAAGGAGGCGAUCCUACAAAUACUGGUAAUGGAGGUACAUCUAUUUGGGGUAAAACAUUCGAAGAUGAAUUCAAACCAAAUUUAGUUCAUCAAGGAAGGGGAAUUCUUUCUAUGGCAAAUUCUGGACCAAAUACAAAUGGAUCGCAAUUCUUCAUUACAUUUCGAUCAUGUAGACAUUUAGAUCGUAAACAUACUGUUUUUGGAAAGAUAGUAGGUGGAUUAGAAACAUUGAAUGCGAUUGAGAAAGUCGAGGUAGACAACAAAGAUAGACCUAUAGAAGACAUAGUGAUACAAAAAGCUCAAGUUUUUGUCGAUCCGUUCCAAGAAGCGGACGAGCAGUUAGCUACUGAACGAGCAGCCGAAACAGAACGAUUGGCUCAAGAAAGUGCGAAAAGUAAAUUGGACGAUAAAUCAGGAAAAAAGGACGAUUUAAAAAUAUAUCGAUCAGGUGUAGGAAAAUAUAUAAAAAUGGAUAAGGAAAAAAAGACGGAAAAAGAAGAAUCCAAUUUUGGACCUGUGGUUAAGAAAAAAAAGGUUAUACAAAACUCAUUUGGUGAUUUUUCUUCGUGGUAAAGCAAUUAUUUAAAUAAUUUGAAUAAGUGUACAUAUAAAUUGUUUAUAACUUUUAUUUUAAGCAUACAU